AUGGACAGAGAAAUAGAACAAAGUUUUGCGGAUAAGAUGAACGUCGCUGAAAGGAUGUCUACUUUGAUGGCUUUGGCUAAGCCUCAAAAGGUCAGCAAUACUGUCCCAAUCGUGAGGUACUACAGAAGUAUGAUAGAGGCGCACCGCAUGGCUCUGUCCUAUAUGAAGAACCAAGACCUAGAAAGGGCUUUGAUCUUGCUUGUUCGGUUCUGCAGUUUUACUAUCGAGGAACUACCGAAACACCCCGAUUUUGGCUCCUUUGGUGGAGAGGAGAAAAAGGCUGUCUUCGCGUUGUUGAAGCCUGCUCUUGAACGUGCUGAAAACCUGAAGAAAGUGCUGAAAGCCAGAUUUGAAGCAGAAGCCGAGGAGGCGAGUAAAUUUUACGCUGCUCAUCAAGCUGAACUGGAUGCGCGACGAUACCAAAAAGACCACGUUGUUGAUAGACCUACCACAGUGGGUGCAGAAGCGAACGCGGUCGAUAUUGUGUAA